AUGAUUGUGCUGCCCACGGACAAGCCGUCUGCGCUGGCGUGCGACGCGGGCGGCAAGGUGUUUGCGCUGCCGAUUGAGAACAUUGUGGAUGGCAACCCGGCGAGCGCGGAGCCGCACGAUGUGAGGCAGGUCUGGGUCGCGAACCGGGUUGCUGGGACGGAGCACUUUCGCUUCAAGGGUCAUCACGGGAGAUAUCUUGCCUGCGACAAGAUUGGUCAACUCUCGGCAACCUCUGAAGCCGUCUCCCCCCUGGAGUCGUUCAACGUCAUCGCCACAGCCGACACGCCGGGCACCUUUCAGAUCCAGACGCUGCGCGACACGUUCCUGACCAUCAAGCCGUCGACGUCGACCAAGCCCAACGCGCCGCCGGCCGAGGUCCGGGGCGACGCCGACGCCAUCACGUUCAACACGACGCUGCGCAUCCGCAUGCAGGCCCGGUUCAAGCCGCGCAUCAGGACGUCCAAGGAGGAGCGCGAAAAGUCCAAGAUUAGCCGGCGCGAGCUGGAGGAGGCGGCGGGGCGGAGGCUGGACGAGGACGAGGUGCGAAUGCUCAAGAGGGCCAAGAGGGAGGGCGAUUUCCACGAGCGGUUGUUGGAGAUUAAAGUCAAGAGCAAGCACGACAAGUUUGGUUGA